AUGGACUCGCCAUGGAAUCUGGAAAAAGGCUCGAGCCCUAAUACCACCAUCACCACCACCACCAUCUCGACUCCAUCCCCCUCCGACUCACCAUCUCACAGGCCCGUCGAGCGCUCCGAUUCACUAUCCACAACGGCAGCAUCCUCCUAUCUCUCCUCUCGAGAUGAAUUUGAAUUUCUCUCUCAGGUACCCACGUCACAUUCACACCGAGUCAUCGGGGCCGAACUCGACCCGGAAGCCCUGGAACGGAUCGCAACCCAACGAAGUCAGCACAUCGCCACUGUCGGCGCCAGCAACAAGAAACGGACUGAAGACGCCGGUCCUCUCCCUGACUUUGGUGCUGGCAAGCCCUAUCCACCUCCCUUGCCCGACAAGGAGGAAUAUGUGGUCGAAUUCUCCGGCAUUGAUGACCCUCUGCACCCACAGAAUUGGCCAACGAGCAAGAAGCUGCUCACGGCCAUCAUUCUAUCCUGGACCACCCUCAACUCGACCUUUACUAGCAGUAUCUACUCCGCCGCCAUUCACUCCGUCUCCAGCCAAUUCCACAUCUCCAGUGAGGUCAGUACUCUGGGCCUCUCGCUCUACGUCCUCGGGUUUGCCAUGGGCCCCAUUGUCUGGGCCCCCUUCUCCGAGCUCCAAGGACGACGACCACCGCUGCUUCUGUCCAUGUUUGGCUUUACCAUCUUUCAAUUCGCCGCCGCUACGGCGGAGAAUGUCCAGACGAUCAUGCUAAGCCGCUUCUUUGGUGGAUUCUUCGGUGCAUGCCCACUGGCCGUGGUGGCCGCCGUGCUGGCGGACAUGUACAACAACCGUGUCCGGGGCCUCGCCAUCGUCGUCUUCGCCAUGACUGUCUUCACCGGACCGCUCAUCGCCUCCACCGUCGGAGGAUUCAUCGUGCAGGGUCUCGGAUGGCGAUGGACGGAGAAUCUCACGGGCAUCAUGGGGGCAUCCGCUCUCCUCAUCGAUCUCGUCUUUCUCCAUGAGACAUACCCACCCAUCAUUCUGGUGCACAAAGCCGCCGAGCUCCGCCGUCGAACCUCAAAUUGGGGCAUCCACGCCAAACAGGAAGAAAUCGAAGUUGAUUACCGGGAACUCGUCCAGAAGAACCUCCUCCGUCCGAUCAAGUUGCUCUUCCUCGAACCCAUUGUCCUCUUCUUGAGUAUCUACAUGGCCUUCCUGUACGGGCUCCUCUACCUCUUUCUCACCGCGUACCCCAUCGUCUUUCAAUCGAUUCAUGGCUUCGCCCCCGGUGUGGCCGGCCUUCCUUACUGGGGUCUCGUGAUUGGCGAGAUCUGCGGUGGCAUCUACAUCAUCCUGACCCAGCCCUCGUACAAUCGCAAACUGGAUGCGAAUCAUGGAGUCCCGAUUCCCGAAUGGCGCAUGCCCCCGGCGAUCAUUGGCAGUGUCGCCUUUGCGGCGGGCCUGUUCUGGUUUGGCUGGUCGGGCUUCAAGGCGCAGAUUCACUGGGCGAUCCCGAUGACCUCGGGAUUGUUGAUCGGAUUCGGUCUGUUUUGCAUCUUCCUCGGUGCCUUUAAUUAUAUUAUUGAUGCUUAUACCUCCUUUGCCGCCUCCGCCCUCGCAGCCAACAGCAUCCUCCGCUCCUCCGCCGGUGCAGGAUUUCCUCUCUUUGCGCCUGCAAUGUUCAAAUCUCUCGGCGUCAACUGGGCCUCCACUCUCCUCGGCUGCAUCGCCGUCUUGAUGAUCCCCCUUCCCAUCAUCAUCUACGUCUACGGAUCCAAGAUUCGCGCAAAGAGCAGUUUUGCCACUGUCCAUUUGGCACUCGACAGUGAGAAGAAGGGUGAUGCGUAA